AUGGAAGAGUGCUCCAAGCUGGGCUUAGCCAAAUCCAUUGGUGUCAGCAACAUCGGCACCAAGAAGCUCUCUGAUCUCCUCUUGCACGCCACUAUCCCUCCUGCUGUUAAUCGGGUGGAGAUGAAUGCGGCAUGGCAACAAGAGAAGCUGAGAGGAUAUUGCAGAGAAAAAGGAAUACAGGUGAGCGCAUGGUCUCCUUUGCGAGCGACUGGAGCUGCUUGGGGUUCAUUAGCAGUCAUGGAGAGUCCUGUGCUCAAAGAGGUAGCCCUUAUAUCAAGUGCCAGCAUACUACAAAUUGCGCUGAGAUGGAUAUAUGAGCAAGGGGCAUGCGUGAUAGUGAAGAGCUUCGAGAAGGAGAGGAUGAAGGAGAACCUGCAAAUCUUAGAAUGGGGACUUAGCGAGGAGGAUUCGGAAAAUAUCGAGCUUCAGAUUCCACAGAAAAGAGGAUGUGCUAGUGACAUGUCCAUCUUUGAGGAGGGGCCUUACAGAUCGUUGGAUGAGCUCUGGGAUGGCGAUGCUUGA